AUGGGUCAUAUGAAAGAGAAAAAUGAGAGAAUUCCUAAUUCUGGCGAACGGUUUAGCUACGUUGUUGUAAAAGGCCCACCUUUCUAUAAUAAAGAGGGUAGAAAGGAGCCACAUAGAAUCGGCGAUUUUAUGGAGUAUGCAGACAUCGCAAAAGAGCAAAAUAUGGAAAUAGAUAUCAAUUAUUACUUAGGAGCAACAACGGCAAU